CUCCCUCUCUCACCACAGCCAGCAUUUCGUAUGCAUCUCCGUGGUGGGCAGCGCUCUCGGAGAGACAGUGGGAGCUGAGGAGGGGGAGUCCAACGUGAAGCCAUUUUCUCGGAGGAGCCCCUGAAACGUGGAUGAGAAGAGGAUGCAUUGUGGACUGCUGGAAGACCCUGACAUGGAUUCCACAGAGAGCUGGAUCGAAAGAUGUCUCAACGAAAGCGAGAACAAGCGCUUUUCCAGCCAAACCACCCUAGGGAACAUGUCCAACGACGAAAACGAGGAGAAGGAGAACAACCGCGCUUCGAAGCCUCAUUCCACUCCGGCCACGUUGGAAUGGCUGGAGGAUAACUACGAGAUCGCUGAAGGGGUGUGUAUCCCACGCAAUGCCCUAUACAUGCACUACCUGGACUUCUGUGAGAAGCAUGACACCCAGCCUGUUAAUGCUGCCAGCUUCGGAAAGAUAAUAAGGCAGCAGUUCCCCCAGUUAACCACACGAAGGCUGGGAACCAGAGGCCAGUCGAAGUACCACUACUACGGCAUUGCCGUGAAGGAGACGUCUCAGUACUACGACGUGAUGUAUUCCAAGAAGGGUGCGGCCUGGGUGAAUGAGACGGGCAAGAAAGAGGUCACCAAACAGACAGUGGCGUAUUCACCGCGCUCCAAACUGGGUACUCUGCUGCCAGCCUUUCCAAAUGUCAAAGACCUAAAUCUACCCGCCAGCCUGCCAGAAGAGAAGGUUGCAACGUUUAUCAUGAUGUAUAGAACUCACUGCCAGAGGAUAUUAGACACUGUCAUACGUGCCAACUUCGAUGAGGUCCAGAGUUUCCUGUUGCACUUUUGGCAAGGCAUGCCUCCACACAUGUUGCCUGUCUUGGGUUCAUCCACUGUAGUGAACAUCGUAGGGGUGUGUGACUCCAUCCUCUACAAAGCCAUCUCUGGGGUCCUAAUGCCCACUGUGUUGCAGGCCCUGCCUGACAGCCUGACUCAGGUCAUCAGGAAAUUCGCCAAGCAGCUGGACGAGUGGCUGAAGGUAGCCUUGCACGACCUCCCCGAGAACCUGCGCAGCAUCAAGUUCGAGUUGUCAAGAAGGUUUUCCCAGAUACUCAAGCGGCAAACAUCAUUAAAUCAUCUCUGUCAGGCGUCACGGACGGUGAUCCACAGUGCGGACAUUACCUUCCAGAUGCUGGAGGACUGGAGGAACGUGGACCUGAACAGCAUCACCAAGCAGACGCUUUACACCAUGGAAGACUCCCGGGAGGAGCAGAGACGCCUCAUCAUCCAGUUGUACCAGGAGUUUGAUCGACUGCUAGAAGAGCAGUCCCCCAUUGAAGCCUAUGUAGAGUGGCUGGACUCCAUGGUGGACAGAUGUGUUGUAAGGGUGGCGGGGAAGAGACCCGAGUCCCUGAGGAAGGUCGCUCAGCAGUUCCUGCUCAUGUGGUCAUGUUUUGGGACCAGGGUGAUCCGGGACAUGACACUGCACAGUGCACCCAGCUUUGGAUCGUUCCACCUGAUCCACCUCAUGUUUGACGACUACGUGCUGUACCUGCUGGAGUCGCUUCACUGUCAGGAGAGAGCCAAUGAGCUGAUGAGGUCCAUGAAGGGGGAGGGCACCACAGUAGAAGGCUGUGAGGACAUCGUGCCCAUGGAGAGUGUCCCUACACCCAUGUCUCCUGUGCUGUACUCUCCUGCCAAGUCUGUGCCCUCGGUAGACGUGCUGGCGGUGGCCUCUCCGGCUUCAGCCCAGACCACUGAAUAUACGGGGGUAUCUGCUACCUCAGGAGCUGUUCAGUCAUAUACUUGGUCCCUCACAUACACACUGACCACGUCAGGUGGAAGCCCACCUGAGGGCGGAGCCCAGCUGCCUUGCAUGCGUAGUGGUGCCUCUGUGAGCCCUGCCUCGUCCAGCCACAGGCUGCCUGUCUACCCCUACAGAGACGAGCACAGCUACAACGGCAGCUACAACUACGGCAGCUACACGAACCAGCACCACCACGCCAUCCAGAGCCAGUACCCAGCUCUGGCCCACGACCCAGCCAUCCCCAGUCCUCUUCAUUACUCUUCCUACCACCGCUCCUCUGCACAGUACCCCCUCAGCAGUCCAAUGCCACGCAUGGAGCCGUGUCUGAUGGGUGGAGCUUCUCGCCUACACCCGACCCCGGUGACCCCCCGCUGGCCGGACGUUCCCCCGGCCAACGGCUGCUACACCAGCACCCCCACACACCCGUCGCGCUACGCUGCCACAGGAGACAUGUACUCUCCCCUGGCCCCACGCAGGAACUCUGAUUACGAGCAUGCGCAACACUUCCCUGGCUUUGCCUACAUUAACGGAGAAGCAACCACUGGCUGGGCAAAGUAGCUGACCAGGGGAUGGCAUGAGAAGAUCUGUGUGCACGAAGGACCUCCAGCAAGGCCAGGGAGCACCCGGCGUACACUCCCCCCCAGCAGAUGCAAGGUCUGGUCUGGGGUGGACUGAGAGUGGGUUUCAGAAGGCAUGUGUCUGUCUGUGUGUGUGUGUGUGUUUGUGUGUGUGUCUGUGUGUGUGUGUGUCGGACUGGAUGGAGGGUUUCUACCACAAGAGCUACCAAACUCUUGUUCUCAAGGCAGAGCCAUUAUGAGAUGGUGGGAGUGCGAUCGUAACCGAGUGGGAACUUUCACUCCGUGGACAGGUCUCACUCUAUCUCCUCCGAGGACUCUCUGGCUUAGUUUCAGUCUGAAAGUGCGUGACCUGCAUGUCUUUGCUUGCGCUGGGCUUGCUGCUUCAUGUCAGAGAGACCCAGUAACGACGUUACACGUCUCUCUUUCUUGCUAGGUUCUUGUGUUCACUGCUCUUCUGGCACACAAAGACCCAAAUGCUUGACUGUAAAACACGCAGGAUAAACGGACCUGCCCUUGGCCUGUUGCCAGGACACGGAUGUCAGAAGGAGGGAGUGCAUGACUGAGUUAAAUUAUCUCCCUUUGCCAGGUCACCGUGAAUGCAGGCAGAUGCGAGACAGAGGUCUGACAGCGUGGAGCAGAUUCUCCGAGUGCACCGAGAGCUGUGCGUCAGCAGAACUGCUGGGUCCUUCAUUAUUAGGCUCUGUCGCUGUAAUCGUGGGAGAUCUUAACACUAAACAGUUUUCCAUAUCUUUGUAACAUGGUGUCCCUUUGUUUUGUUUUAUAUAUGUUUGUACUAUACAUUUUUUUAUGAUUAGAGAGAAAGACAAAGGAUUGGUUUCCCAGCCAUGGGUUUAUCCCAGUCUCGGUCUAAACUGCAGUGCCAAUAGUGAAUCACCAUUGGAAAUCCUUUUUAGUCCAAGUUUAGGUUUAACCUGGGUCUGGGAAAACAACCCAAAGGGAUAACUUAGGUUUGUGUGUUUUAAAAUGCACUCGAAGGUAAAGUGGACCUAUUACCCUAUGGGUAGGAAAAAAGGAAAAUAUCAGAAGUAACAUUUAUCUUUAGCCACUUUCUCUUGUAAAUAAAAGCACUCAAUAACUUCUGUGGUGACAGUUGUUACUGUGUAAAUGAUAUAUUUGGAAUUAUUUGUUACCACAUAAAGAAUUUUUAAAACCCA